UCAUUGGAAGAACAGUACAGGGAAUCCAGUAGCAGAUCUCAGACUGUUUCAGCUCCUGGAUCACGACUUCCGUCACCGAAUAAGGCAUCUGUUAUAUCAUCCUCUGCAUCUAGAGGAGUCAGUCCAUCUCGAACAAGAUCAGUCCCAAGUACACCAUCUAGAGGGCCAAGUCCUUCUCGGAUAAGACCAUCUAGUCCAUCUAGACAACCCAAAACUUCUACUUCUGUCCUCAGCUUUAUUGCAGAUAUUAAAAAGGGGAAGAAGACAGCUAACCACAUAGAAGAUGUUCAUCAGCUGAGGUUAUUGUAUAAUAGACAUCUCCAAUGGCGGUAUGCUAAUGCCAGGUCAGAUGCAGCAUUGCACGCGCAGAAACUUCAAACAGAGAAAACAUUGUACAAUGUCUGGAGGAAUACGUCGGAUUUAUGGGCUUCUGUUAUUAAAAAGAGAACUGCACUCCAACAGCUGAAGCUGAAGUUGAAACUUUUUGCAGUCUUAAAUGAACAGCUCACCUACCUCGAUGAGUGGGCUUCAAUUGAAAGGGAUCAUACCAGUUCAGUAUCCCAUGCUAUACAAGAUCUACAGGCAUGCACUCUCCGUCUUCCAAUAAUUGGACGAGCAAAGGGUGAUAUUGAAAGUGUUAAGGAAGCUGUUUGCUCAGCUGUUGAUGUAAUGCAGGCAAUGGGAUCCUCCAUGCGUUUUAUAUUGUCUAGGGUGGAAGGGAUGAACUGCCUGGUUUCUGAACUUGCUGAUGUGGCAGCUCAAGAGCGAGCCAUGCUGGACGAAUGCGAAGCCCUAUUGUCUUCAACAGCGGCUAUGCAGGUAGAAGAAUAUAGCAUUAGGUCUCAUCUUAUACAAUUGAAACAAGCUUGGAGAAGUGAUGAGCAGCUGAUACUUGGGAAUUAGAUAGCUUUUACCAAAUGCUUCUCAAAUGCAAUUCUAACCAACUCUUCCUCGUCAAAUGAAGAAUAUGCCACAUCUCCAGCCUUAGCUAGUGUGUAUAGUAAUAGGUUUUUUUUUCUCAUUCUUUUUUUUUUCCUUCUAAUUUAUCAUGGGAAAUCUUGAAUUAUUCCAUUCUUUUUUCUUUUUCUCUCUUUUUUUCUUCUCCACAUAUCUUGCAAAAAGCCGUCGUCCUUAUCCUAAUGUAACUUUUUGUAUCAUCAACAAAAAAAGAAAUGCAAAGGAAGAACAAGAUUCAAAAUUAGUUAUAGAAAAGAAGCAAACUUACCAAAGA